CAUUCAUGGCAUCUGCAAUCGCGUUUGCUCAGUCUCAUAACGGGCAUAACAUUGUUAAGUAUUGUCGUAUAUGGAAAUACGAUGAAUAAAGUACAGCUCUAAAGUUAGUCUGAAAGCUCCUUGGACGUUGCUUUUGUUUCGUCCGCAAAACAGCUUAACCCACAUAGCUCGCAUCAGUAGUUGCAUCAAUAAUAGUAAUGUUGUCAAAACAAAGAAAUAUUUUGGGAACUUAAGGAGACUUCCGAUACAUUAAAAGCAAAAGAUUGUGACAACAUUUAGGCGGAGGAAUAGGCUGCAGCACCGUCUGCGCAGACAGAGCAGACAGCUGCUUUGAAACUCAUUUACACAGGAGCAUGGCUAAGACCUGGGAUAACUUUUUCUUCUCUCUACUCGAUUACAAGACCGAGAAAUUUGUCAUCGCUAAAAACAAAAAGGUCGGAGUUCUGUUCAGACUCUUUCAGCUGGGGGUGAUUGGAUAUCUGAUCGGGUGGGUUUUUCUUUGGAAGAAAGGGUAUCAGGAGACAGAGGAAGUCAUUCAGAGUUCAGUGAUCACCAAACUCAAGGGUGUAGAUCUCACCAACAGCUCUCAGUUUGGUCUGCAGCUAUGGGGUGCAGAGGACUAUGUUAUUCCCCCACAAGGGGACAGAGUCUUCUUUAUUGUGACAAAUUAUAUAGUGACACUCAACCAAAAGCUGGGUUACUGCCCUGAGAGCCCUAAAGUGCCAGAUGGUUUGUGUACUUAUGACGAUGAAUGUGUGGAAGGGGAAUCUGUCAUAGCAGGCCAUGGAGUGAAGACAGGCCGCUGUAUAAACGACACAGGAACGUGUGAGAUUCAUGCCUGGUGCCCUGUUGAGCAUGGCCAGACACCAUCGGAGCCAAUGCUGGCAAAGGCAGAAAACUUCACAAUCUAUAUAAAGAACUUCAUCAAGUUUACAAAAUUUGCCUUCUCCAAAGCGAAUAUCCUGCCUACCACCAACAGCACAUAUCUGAAGAUGUGCAGAUAUGAUAAGGAGCACCAUCCCUAUUGUCCCAUCUUUCGUGUGGGAGAUUUGAUUAACUGGACCGGAUACAGUUUCCAGGAUUUGGCAACAAAGGGUGGUUCAGUUGGAAUUGGAAUUGAAUGGAAUUGUGAUUUGGAUAAAGAUGAAUCUCAGUGCAACCCUGAAUAUAGCUUCACACGCUUAGAUUCUUCUAGAAACUCUGACAUUUCGGGUUACAACUUCAGAUUUGCACGAUACUACAGUGAUACAGCAGGUCAAACCUAUCGGAAUCUAUUUAAAGUCUAUGGCAUUCGCUUUGACAUAUUAGUUAAUGGAAAGGCUGGGAGAUUCAGUAUUGUUCCUACAGUGAUCAACAUUGGCUCUGGGCUCGCUUUAUUUGGUGCUGGGAUUUUUGUCUGCGACAUGAUUCUGCUCUACAUGAUGAGUAAAAGCUCCUUCUACCGAGAGACAAAGUUUGAGGCAGUCACAAAAAAGCAAUCUGGAAAGCACAGCGAGAGAAAGCAAGUACGACACCACAGUCACCAUCGCCACGAUGGGCGGCAUAAGAGAGAGGAGAAACAGGAAACAGAGAUGCAGCCAUUGAAAUCAGUGUCAUGCGUGCCCAAUAACAAGCCAGAGAGAGAGAUUCAGCCCACAAGCUCAGCACUCAAAACCCACAGCUCUGAGAGAAGGCCACAGGGCACAGUGUCGUUCAGGACUCAGCACACUUCAGAAAAACUUGUUUCUCCUGUUUCCACCCUAAAAACACCACGCAACCAGUAGAGGAUUUUUUCAAAUUCUGAAUCCCAUUGGAUUUACUGUGAAUGCAGUGUUGGGAAGAUGAGUUCGGAAAUGUAAUAGGUUGCAGAUUACAAGUUACCCUAUUUAAAAUGUAACAAGUAGUGUAACUUUUACAAUUAUUUGAAAACAAGUAAUGUAACUUAUUACAUGUGAUUGCUUAUCGAUUACUUUUCUAAAUUUCGAAUGUUUUUAACUGUUAAUCACUUUCAAACGUGUGAACCAGGCAGGGUUAACAGUAGUACUCAACACAGAUGACUGUCAGACUUUCCAGAUCCUUCAUCACUUGAAUUAAGAUGAUAGUGUUUUAAUUUUAAAGGAGACAUUGGAUGCAAAAUUCACUUGUACAUGGUGUUUACAUAUAACUAGCCUAUGUCUUAGCAGUGUGUGGACAAAACCACCCUACAGUGAUAAAAAUCCAUUCCACUUUCUUUUUUUUUAAUCCCCCAAAGCCUAAACGGUCUCAAUAAUCAAGUCGUUUUGCAGCAUGUCGUAUUACUCAGGCCCCUCAACCUCUAAAGCACUGUGCAGUAUUAUCACAUUUUCGCCCUUGGCCAGUUGUACAAAGUUAAUCAUUUUCAGCUGUAGUGACAAUGUCUUUAAACAACACAGGUAAUAUUUGACUGCACUAAUAAUUCCUCUGAACAAGGAACAAUUUAAGGCAGGUUUUGUUAAAAAGUAAAAAACAAAACAAAAAAAACCCCUCUAAGAAUAGACCAGUACCCAAAAAAGUGAAAUCCAAAAGUAGAAGAAUAACUAUACAUAAACCCACUUAGGAAAUAAAGGCAUUAUUGAACAAGCAUGUCCUAAAGUCCUGAAACAUUAGUAUUUCAUAUUUUAGAGCAGUCAAUCAGAAGAAAUCA